GGGACAUCUACACGGCAUUAGCAACCCUGCGAAGCGGAACGGUUGGCUAUACAGUCGCUGGUUUUGACGGCCGCACUGGUAUGACAAUAAGUUUGUGGGUGUGAGUAUCCUGAUGGAGGGGCAGCCUGCUGGCUGUAGUAGUAGUCGUCGAGGCCGCCGCCAUGUUUCCCUGCGUCUCCUCCUGGCCCCCCUCCUCCUCUGAGUCCGCCUCCUCCUCCUCCAACAACCAUGCAGACUCCUCCUCCUCGCCGCUCGACUCCUCCUCUCCUGCGUCUGCGUCUCCGUCCGUGUCCCCCUCUGGCUCCGCAUCUGCGGCCGCGUCUGCGUCUGCGUGUGCGCCGUCUACCCUGCAGCAGCCUCUGCCGGACCUGCUGUGCAGCUGCUCUGUAGCCGUGGUGCCGCCGCCCAUGACCCAGCAGCAGCACCACCCGCCCCCUGUGCACAUGGAGUCCCUGAUCGUGGUGACGGAGUACGACCCCCCCAGCGACCCCUCCUCCGAGGAGCGCAUGCGGGUGGGCGGGGACGACGAGGACGAACCCGAGGCCAUGGACAGCUCAGAGACGCCCGACCACGCCCACGGGGCGUCGUCACCGGGGCGGCCGUCGUUCCGCAUGGCAUCAUGUGACCUGUUGUCCCACGCGGUGGGGGUGCGGGGCGGUGCAGGGGCAGGGCGUACCGAGGCACUGUUCCCAGAGGCGCCGGUUGGUGGUGGUGGGGAGUCGCGAGGGGGUGGGGGGCGUCACCUGCACCUGUCGGACAGGAAGCUCUCGCUGCAGGAGCGCUCGCAGACGCUGUCGUCGCCGUGCGGCUCGCCGGGCAUCAACGGGCGCUACAUCUACCCCUCGCUACCCUACUCCCCCAUCACCUCGCCGCACUCCUCGCCGCGCCUCCCCCGCCGGCCCACCGUCGAGUCGCACCGCGUCUCCAUCACCGACUUGCAGGACUGUGUCCAGCUGAACCAGUACAAGCUGAAGGAUGAGAUUGGGAAGGGCUCCUACGGCGUUGUCAAGCUGGCAUAUAAUGAAGACGACAACACCUACUACGCGAUGAAAGUUCUCUCCAAAAAGCGUCUGAUGAGACAGGCUGGAUUCCCACGCCGCCCGCCUCCCCGUGGUGCUAAAGGGCCCCCCGAAGGCCCCCCCCAGCCCAAGGGGCCCCUGGAGAGGGUCUACCAGGAGAUCGCCAUCCUCAAGAAGCUCGACCACCCCAACGUCGUCAAACUCGUGGAGGUUUUAGAUGACCCCAGUGAAGACCAUCUGUACAUGGUGUUUGAGCUGGUGAAGCGAGGGGCGGUGAUGGAGGUGCCGGCAGAUAAGCCCUUGACUGAGGAGCAGGCUCGCUUCUACUUCCAGGACCUGCUGAGGGGCAUCGAAUACUUGCAUUACCAGAAGAUCAUCCAUCGCGACGUGAAGCCCUCCAACCUGCUGGUGGGAGACGACGGCCACAUCAAGAUCGCAGACUUUGGCGUCAGUAACCAGUUCGAGGGCGCCGACGCCCUGCUGACCAGCACCGUGGGCACGCCGGCCUUCCUGGCGCCAGAGACACUCUCCGAAACACGCAAGAACUUCUCCGGAAAGGCUCUAGACGUGUGGGCUAUGGGAGUUACCCUCUACUGCUUUGUAUUUGGAGUGUGUCCCUUUAUGGAUGAGCGCAUCCUGAGCCUCCACCAGAAGAUUAAAACCCAGCCUGUGGAGCUACCAGAGCAUGCGGACGUGUCUGAUGACCUGAAGGACCUGCUCCUGAAGAUGCUGGAGAAGAACCCUGAAAGCAGGAUCACCGUGCCCCAGAUAAAGGUGCACCCCUGGGUGACGCGCCACGGUGCGGAGCCCCUCCCCCUGGAGGAUGACAACUGCUGUAUGCUGAUCGAGGUGACGGAGGAGGAGGUGGAGAACUCAGUCAAGCAUAUCCCCAGCCUCGCCACUGUGAUCUUGGUGAGGACAAUGCUGAGGAAGCGCUCAUUCACUCACCCGUUCGACUGGAGUCGCCGAGAGGAGAGGAGCCUGUCCACUCCCGGACUGACAAAAGGCAAAGCAGGCAGUCAGAAAUACUGCUACAUUCACGGUCACUCCAGGAAACAGGAGAGCGGUGAAGGCAUGCGGAGUAUGGACCUGCCCUUCGUGGGCGAAGACGAAGUGCUGUCCUGAUUAGAGGGCUCAGUGGCGACGCGCGACGCCAGCGAUGUGAUGCGAUGCGAUGUGUGGCUCCAUCUUGAAGGAAGACACCCCUGGUGGUGGGGGUGUGUGUGUGGGGGUGUAAGGGUGUGUGUGUGUGUAUGUGUAUGUGUGUGGG